AUGUUUCACGAUUUUGACAAGAUUGAUUUCGACUUAUGCAAUGAUGAACUGAUUUGCAAUGAUAAUUGUGAUGUUGUUGAACAAAAUGGUUAUAUGAGGCAAUUAAUCGAACACGUCACGAUCAGUCCCAUAGAGAUUCCGAGCAUGAACACGAAAUGCGGGUUCUCUAGAUUUUGUGAGAGGAAGUAUGAAGAGCUUGUUCACCCGAUAAUGGAGUGCUCGAUUUUUAGACAUCUGGGCAGGAAGGAGAAGAAGAUGCUCGAUUUUUGGAAAUCAUUGUCUAUUUUUCACGAGUUGUUCGUUAGAAUGGCGAGCUCGAUUUGGCUGCUUCAUGCGCUUGCGGUGGUGGCACUUGCGGCAGUGUUGUCGUGGUUGCACCGGCUGGGAUUGGUUGAUACGUAA